AUGUCGGGUAAUUACGAUUAUCCACCGGCUUCCAACUCUACCGCUCGCAGCUCGACGUCAGAAAGACCACAGGAAAACCAACAGACAAGACUCCAAAACUUGCGUAAUUUGAUCCUGCACAACCCAGACCGCAGUCGUGCUCGACCAAGAAGUGAAACGGCUCGUGCUCUGGAGGCUCUCGAUGAGAUCGAACAACUACAACAACGUAGCGCUCAACAAAGAUUGCAUGAGCAAGCUCGAGCUUCUGUAAACAGACAGCGACAGCAAUACUCAUCCGAGAUGUCCCCUACCGGUGCAGAAAACCUCGGACCGCCAAGCCGAAUUCACGGACGGAGGUUACCCAGUGUUAACGCCUUUUCUGAUCUCAACACUAGCAUGAACCGGGAUACAGGUUCGUCGACAUCUGACAACAGAGUACCACGCCGUCGGAUUAGACCCAGCGAGACGGCUUUGAGGUUGAUGUCGAAUAGAAUAAACAGGGCCAACACUUUGGACGAUGGCAACGGCUCCGGUUCCCCGCGAGUACGAGAAAGCACUUCGAGGAUGCCCGCCCCUAGCGACGACUGGUGGGAUCGCGUAGCUGCAGAGUUCAGUACGCCACUUCCAGAAGAUUCCACACCUGCGAGUAUUUCUGCCAUGAGCGAACGCUUCGACCGUCUGUUUGCUGAGCUCGGACUUCCGGCUGCAGACAGGUCCGUGCCUAUGGCGAUGGGUGCGAUUGUUGAAGACUUUGAUCGACUGGCUGCUUCUUUCGGGGUGCCUACCGCAGCAAUUGCUGGACCCCGGCUUCCUACGCCUUCCGGUCUGGACAGCACAUCACGUCGCCCUGAUCCCGGCUCUCCUGACUCCAGAUGGCGAUCAAAGAGACGCAAGCUAGAUUCAGACGACAAUAGAGAAGGGCUUGGUGGAUUCAGUUACGGACAAUAUGGCCAAGUGGUACCUGGGUUGUUGAAGAUGGAAAUUAAUAGCUGUGAUGGCGGGAAUUAUUAUGAUGAAGACAACGGCGAGAGCUCGUGGCCGGGCAAUGUCCUGCUUGACGACACUUCAGUCUACUGCACGAAGAAGAGCCGCUGCAACAUGAUUCUGAAUCAUCGUGGCGAGACACCAUUUUCUCUCAAGAAGAUUGUGAUUCGUGCUCCGAAGAAGGGUUUCGACGCCGCUAUACAAGAAGGUAUGAUCUUUGUUUCAAUGUCGUCCGAUGAACUAUUGGAGCGGACGGCUCAGUAUCAGAUCCACUAUCCGUCACGGAGCCGACGCUGCCAGGAAUCUAGACGACACUAUAGCAACCCAUCCAGGGAAUACUUCAAUACAUAUAGAUCUCGUACCCAAGGGACCGAGACAGGGGGCGCACCAGCGCCCCCUGGAGAUCUCGACGCGCAAGCAAACGAGUCAACAUGGUCUCGUCGCUCUCUAUUCAAUCCUACAUACGCCGAGCCUCAGUUCAGAGUGACUACUGAGCACGACGGCAAUCCUGACAGUCGACAGCAUGAGGACGACGGUUUUCCAUCCGGCAACGACCUUGACCUUCUGGAUAGUGGCGAAGACAGCGAACUAUUCUGCCCCGUAGACGAAGACGACAGCGACGGCGGUGACACAAUCGAAUUCAAUAACCGCGGUCGUCUCGACUCACGACGCCGUGACCGCGGUCCUCGCAAUAGUCUCUACGGUCUCGGAAGUAAUCACCGCCUCGACUCUCCAAGUCUAAUUGCACCAGCCCGCUCCUCUGCCGGAGCCAUGAUUGGCGUGAGCGGAGACAUGAAUGGUAUAUCUAAUAUCAUGAAACCCCAUGCACGGUUCUUUAUCGAGCGGGAAAAGAGCAUGGUCAGCAUCAAUUUCGAUCCUCCUGUGUAUGUCUUCCCAUUCUGCAUUCGUUGUGUUGAAGAUCUUGCUGAUAUUGAAUAA